AAUGGAUAAGGAUCAAAGAAUGUGAAAGCCUUUUGAAAAGAAAAGGAUGAAUCAUGUGAAUCUAACACUAUUUCAUUUAAAAAAUGUUACUCUCACUCACGUUAUAUAUCUUAAUUUAUCUUCAUCUCUUCAUAACAUAUUCAACCAUUCAGAAGAGUUUUUAUAUGAGAACCCAAAUCAUAACUAAAAUUUUCAAAUGAAAUUGGUAUCUUUAGUCGCGAUUCUUCUUCUCCAUCUCUUUGUUAGUAUUAAUAGUUUCCGACUGGAUUAUGUGGCAAGUGGGUCAAGCAUACCGGACUGCUCGCACGCAUGUGGAUCAUGUACACCAUGCAAGCUCGUUGUGGUCAGUUCCAAGUGCUCGGCAUCAGAGUCCGAGGCUUGUCCUGUCGUCUACAAGUGCUUGUGCAAAGGAAAAUACUAUCACGUGCCUUCUAUCGCCUAACCCCUUUACGUUAUCAUAAGCUUAAGAGAUAUUAAGAUGGUCUGUUGUUGCUUAUUGUCUCAAGUUAGGUGUAGUUGAUUUGUAAUGCCUGUAAUAAAAACCAAGAUUAGGUCAUUUAACAUAGAAACUAAAAAGGAACAAACUAAACGGCCGGAAAAAUAUAGCACAACAAGUGAUGAAUGUAAAAUCGUUUGAAGAGAACUCAGACGAUAAGGUGGCCAUUAACACACUGAUACUUAUCUAAAAUGAAGUACAGUUCAUUCGAAUA